GAAGGAAUAAGCGUCUCUCUCCUGCCACCCGCGCGGUCCGGGAGCGUGAGGGCUGUGCCACUCUUUGCGGGCACGUGCACGCUCCUCGCGCCCCCCUCUCUCUCUCCCUGGUGCUGAUGCUGAGACUACAACAUCUCUACAGCACCACUAACUGGAUUCUAAACUGAACAUUUGCGAUUAAAUUGGGAUUUUAACGACAACUCAGGAUCCGUUUUCUUUGUGCUUCAUGAAGGAGGGUGUUUUUUUCUUUGUUUGUUUGUUUUCUGGUGGAGUGACAUGGCUGGAAAAGCCAAAAUAAGCGGAUGAGGAUUUUCUGUGAAAAGAACAGCAACUGCGACGACAUUCCAGAGCCAACAGGCAUGGUUUUUAAAUAGGAGCAAAAACAAUCAAUCAUUCCACCUGCAUGAGCUUUGGGAGGCCUAAUCUGACAGGUUUUUUGAAGUGAAGAAAAACAAAAUCUUAAAUAGAAAUGGCUCAUUUAAUACGACACAAGAUCUCCAAUAAACUGACCAAUGCGGCCCACACGGUGUCUAACAAAUCCCAGGCCAAGGUCAGCGGGGUAUUCGCCAGGCUGGGCUUCCAGGCCGCCACCGAUGAGGAAGGUCUGGGCUUCGCAGAGUGCGACGAUCUGGACUAUGACUACAGGCAAGGGAUGCAGAUGGAUGUCCUUCGAGGGGAAGAGGAGGAAGGAGGAGACAUGGAGGGAGAGGGGGAGCUGGAGGGGGACACCCGCUACCAGAGGGAUGGUACCGGCCCGAGGCAGUCCACCCUGAAGAGCGGCGGCUCUCUGGAGGAGGACAAACCAAAAAUCACGUCAUGGGAAGCUGGAUGGAACGUCACCAAUGCCAUUCAGGGCAUGUUCGUCCUCGGCCUGCCGUACGCCAUCCUCCACGGUGGAUACCUCGGCCUCUUCCUCAUUAUCUUCGCCGCGGUGGUGUGCUGCUACACGGGCAAAAUCCUCAUCGCCUGCCUGUACGAGGAGAACGAGGACGGCAUCAAGGUGCGCGUCAGAGACUCCUACGUGGACAUCGCCAACGCCUGCUGCGCUCCCCGCUUCCCCGCGCUGGGCGGCCACGUUGUGAACGUGGCCCAGAUCAUCGAGCUGGUCAUGACGUGUAUCCUGUACGUGGUGGUCAGCGGGAACCUGAUGUACAACAGCUUCCCCAGCUUCCCCGUCUCCCAGAAGGCCUGGUCGGUGCUGGCCACGGCGGCGCUGCUUCCCUGCGCGUUCCUGAAGAACCUCAAGGCGGUCUCCAAGUUCAGCCUGCUGUGCACGCUGGCGCACUUCGUCAUCAACAUCCUCGUGAUCGCCUACUGUCUGUCCAGGGCGCGCGAGUGGGCGUGGGAGAAGGUCAAGUUCUACAUCGAUGUGAAGAAAUUCCCUAUAUCCAUCGGCAUCAUUGUGUUCAGCUACACAUCUCAGAUCUUUCUUCCCUCCCUGGAGGGGAACAUGCAGAAGCCCAGUGAGUUCCACUGCAUGAUGGACUGGACCCACAUUUCAGCCUGUGUCCUUAAGGGCCUCUUCGCCCUGGUGGCCUACCUAACCUGGGCAGACGCCACCAAAGAGGUCAUCACAGAUAACCUGCCCUCCACCAUCCGGGCUGUGGUCAACCUCUUCCUUGUGGCCAAGGCGCUCCUGUCCUACCCUCUGCCAUUCUUUGCAGCUGUAGAAGUUCUGGAGAAGUCAAUGUUCCAAGAUGGUGGCAGGGCCCUCUUUCCUGACUGCUACGGCCCCGGUGGGCAGCUAAAAACCUGGGGUCUUGGCUUAAGAGUAGGCCUGGUUGUCUUUACCCUGCUAAUGGCUGUCUUUGUCCCCCAUUUUGCCUUGCUGAUGGGUCUAACUGGAAGCUUGACCGGUGCAGGCCUGUGCUUCCUCUUACCGAGCCUCUUCCACCUAAAGCUCCAGUGGAGAAACCUCCUGUGGCACCACGUUUUCUUUGAUGUUUCAAUUUUUGUUAUCGGGGGCAUAUGUGCCAUAUCAGGCUUUAUCCACUCCAUCGAAGGCCUCAUAGAGGCCUACAAGUACGACAUCCAUGACUGAGAGCCUCAUUGACCAUCUGACAUUAAAAUGGAGAAUAAUUUGUGUGAAAUGUAUAUCUUUUUAUGUUUGCCUUAGUGAUAAUGUGCAAUAAUGAACUCUAUCCAACGAUUAGGCACAACAUUAUGACCACUGAGAGGUAAUUUAGUGGUAGAUGGGAUAUUUUUGAGUGAACAUGAAAUGGGUUUAAAAUGGGUAAAAUGAGUAAGCAUAAGUAUCUGAGCAAGUUCUGCAAAGGCAAGUGGAUCAAAGCUUUCCAAAACUGCAGCUCUUGUGGGGCGUUUCCCACCUUCAGUGGCAGUUUUUCAUAUCGUCCAUACUGAUUGUUGCCAGAGGGUUAAACAGAUGAGUCCCAUGUAUAUCAGAUUGAUGAAAAAGGUAAGCUAGUUACUCUAAGUAUGUUGGAAACCCAAUCAGAACUGGGCCACAGAGCAGUGGAAGAAGGUCGGCUGGUUUGACAAAUCUCAAUUUCUUUUAUAUCUGCUGGACAGAAAAGUUUGAAGCCUAGCAAUGGGAGACUUUGUACCAGUUUGCAUUGGUUCUCACACUCACACUAUUUUUUAACAAGUCACUACAGGAAAAGUAAAUGUUUAAAAAAAAAAUUAACAUUGUGCCAAAAAUAAAACUGACUCAAAAUCCAACAUGGCUGCCAAGUGUUUCAAACAGGCAAAAUGCUGUGAUAAUAAUUUCUUUAUGAACAUCCCUGACAGCCUGUGUGUCAUUUGAUAUUAUCUGCACAUAAAGGACUAUUCCACCUUUUUAUAACAUUUUCCUUUUGGGAUUUAAUGCCUGUCAUGAAGGAACGUAGGAUCUUAGCCUGUGUUGGUAAUUUCAAGUGGCAAGGCUGGCUAUAGAAUAGAAUAGAAUAGAAUAGAAUAGAAUAGAAUAGAAUAGAAUAGAAUAGAAUAGAAUAGAAUAGAAAAUUCCUUUCUUGUCCCACA